AGAGGAGGAACUAGUCUCCCCACGUGUCCGCUGCUGGGUUACAUCAACAUGGCUGCUGCAUGAGAGCCCCCGGGACCUGCACACACAUUGCAACACGCCGAAGGGGGGUAUCGGUGGCCCCCACUGCCCCUGGAGUCCGCGCCACGAGAUUGUGCUAAGGAAGGACCUGAAACAUUGCUUUUCCCAUUUUAGCAUGGCAAAUGAAGAAGAUGACCCAAUUAUACAAGAGAUUGACGUGUACCUGGCCAAAAGCCUGUCGGAGAAGCUGUAUAUGUUCCAGUAUCCUAUUCGUCCAGCUUCCAUGACAUAUGAUGAUGUGACGCAUCUGUCGGCAAAGAUAAAGCCAAAGCAGCAAAAGGUUGAACUUGAAAUGGCCAUUGAUACUUUGAAUCCCAACUACUGUCGCAGCAAAGGAGAACAGAUCGCUCUCAAUGUGGAUGGCACCUGCACAGAUGAAACUAGUACCUAUUCCUCGAAGCUGAUGGACAGACAAACUUUCUGCUCUUCACAGGCUGCGAGUAACGUUUCCCGUUAUGCUGCUGCUAUCUAUAGAAAAGGUGAACUUCACCUAACUCCAUUAUAUGGCAUUCUACAACUGAGGCCAAGUUUCUCCUACUUGGACAAAGCUGAUGCCAAACACCGAGAAAGAGAAGCUGCUAAUGAAGCGGGAGAUUCGUCCCAGGAUGAAGCUGAAGACGACAUCAAGCAAAUUACUGUAAGAUUCUCCCGACCAGAGACUGAACAAGCUCGUCAGCGACGUGUUCAGUCCUAUGAAUUCCUGCAGAAGAGACAAGCUGAAGAGCAUUGGGUCCAUCUGCAUUAUUAUGGCUUAAGGGACAGCCGUUCCGAACAUGAGCGCCAGUAUUUACUCAGUCAGGGACAUGGCAUGGCAGAGAAUACCGAGUUAAUUAAAUCUCCCAGUGAAUACUUAAUGAUGCUGAUGCCUCCGAAUGUAGAAGAAGAGAAAGACAAACCUGUGGCUCCAAGCAAUGUGCUUUCUAUGGCACAGCUGAGAACUUUACCCCUUGCUGAUCAGAUUAAGAUCCUGAUGAAGAAUGUGAAAGUAAUGCCUUUUGCAAACCUCAUGAGUUUAUUGGGUUCUGGGAUCGAUUCUACUGCAGUUUUACGCUGUAUACAGCAGGUGGCGAUGCUGGUCCAGGGAAACUGGGUGGUAAAAAGCGAUGUCCUCUAUCCAAAAGAUACCUCUAGCCCACACAGUGGAGUCCCUGCAGAAGUGCUUUGCAGGGGAAGAGACUUUGUUAUGUGGAAGUUUACACAGGAUCGCUGGGUCGUGCGAAAGGAAGUGGCCACAGUCACAAAACUUUGCCCGGAAGAUGUGAAGGACUUCUUAGAGCACAUGUCUAUUGCAAGAAUAAACAAAGGCUGGGAAUUCUUGCUCCCUUAUGAUGAAGACUUUGUUAAAAAGCAUCCAGAUGUGGUUCAGAGGCAGAAUAUGCUGUGGAUGGGCAUUCAGGCCAAAUUAGAAAAGGUCUAUAAUCUAUUAAAGGAACAUUUGACACCAAAGAAACAAGAUGGACAAUCAGCUCACCCACUUCUGGUUUCUGGGGAACAAAGGGUCAAUAUAGCUAAAGCAAAAGUCAAACAGAACUAUGGGCUGCUGGAGAAAGAGUUACAAAAGAAAAAGGCAGAGAGCAAAGCCAAUGACUCUCCAUCCAAGAUGGAUAUUUCCAAUGUCUGCAUUAAAGAGGAGCCUUUGAGCGACGAGGAGCCUAUGGACGCGUCCACCUAUGAGAGUAUGAACAAUGGCAUGGUCAAUGGGAUCCAUUCAGAGGAAAACUCCAUGGACUCGUUAAACGGCCACUUGCCAGGCGGGUGCAUGGAUCGAGUUGCACAGGAACUGAAAGCGUUUGUGAUGAAGACGUUUAAGAAACAGUUUGUUCUCACUCUGAGUGAGCUUAAACGGUUAUUUAAUCUUCACUUAGCCAGUCUGCCCCCGGGACACACAUUGUUUAGUGGCAUUUCAGACAAAAUGUUACAAGACAUGGUAUUGGACACUGGCUGCAAACAGAUUUUGGUGCCUUUUCCCCCACAGAUUCAUGCUGUUUCACCGGAUGAAUUAAAGGUUUAUGCACUUUGGGAAGCUGGUGACAUUUACGACCAGCAUCGGCAGGUUUUGCUUAAAAUCUUUACCAAAAAUUAUCGAGUGCGCAGGAACAUCAUCCAGCAUCAGUUGAGCCAAGAAUGUGGAGAGGAUCUAAAUAAACAGGAUGUGGAUAGAGUGAUAAAGGACUGCUGUGUAAGCCAUGCUGGAAUGUGGUACCUUAAAGGGACAGUGCAGUCUUGACAACAGUGGUGAGCUUUUCAUUCCGUUAUCUCCAGGACAGAGGAGGAAAACUGCAGUGGGCAUAGACAGAAUAAUGCCUUUGCUUCAGGGAGCAAGGGGAGAAUCUGACCUACUUGUGGCCACAUGGGCACUGCAGAAAGACGGUUAGUGAUGUCAACAUUCACGCACUUGUUUGCAUGGCCGCCUAAACACAAAGAGCAUCGAGGAAGAAAAAUGUGGGACCCUAUCUGCAAUUUGAUGAAUUUGGGAUUCCUAAUGUAUUUUGCUUCUCAUUAUUUCAUUCUAAUAAAAUAAAAACAUAUACUGACACAGA